GGCGUAUCUCCAAAUGUGCGUGAGUAAUCAAGUGUAAUUUUCUUUCUCCACAGUUUUUAGAACCCUCCAAAAACCUCAGUGAGUGGGUGAAAAUCUCAGCUAUUUUGCCAAAAAGGAUGUGAUUAUCAAAUAGGUGUUGCAACCUAAUCACUAGGUACCAGUAUUGAGUUUCACUUCUGAAAGAAGGAUAAUUGACAAUGAAAGUUAUCAAAUGUGAACAGUGCAGCAAAAACCAUCAGCGAGAUUGAAUAACUAGUAAUUAGGUACGUAGAUCCAAAGUGAUCGUGUUCAUUUUAUUUUCACUACGACUCGCAAGGCUUUAUUGUGGCUCACAAAUAUUCAGUCUAAUCCAGAUAGCGAGAGCGAAACUCAGAGAAUCUGAUUUGGUCUUUAGUUAGGAAGGCACAGAGUGUUUACUAGCUCUUCCAUCAUCUACCAAACUUCAACAGCAUUCACUUUCUCCAGUACAAGUUUCUGCAUAUGAACAUUCACACGACAGUAUCCUUUAAAAACUAUUUAAAUGGCCGUAAUCUGAUUUGAUAGCAAAGAAGACAACUCUGGUAACUCGACGGAUGAUAAUCUCAAUAUCAUAGCAAUUGAGAGGUAUAUAAAUUGAAUACCAUUUACUUUUGUAACAUAAUUCAAUUAUCACAUCCAUGGUUAGGUGAUAAGAUUACAUGAAUAGUAUUUUUUCGAAUCUUGAAAAUGUUUUGUCUGUGGAAGAACUAUCUCAAAAAAUUUCUUGCAACACGCGGCUGUUCCGUGUCGAAGAAAGCCAUGAUUGGCGGAUGGUUUGGGGUGAUAUGGAGGUCAACAAUCAGUGUAUUAGUUUCAUAUUAUUUCAAAGUAGAGGGUUCUGACAGUUCAACGAUUUUACGAACAGCAUUAAUAGGAAUUUUAUCCUACCUACUGCUCAGUUUCCUGACGAAUAUAUUGUUUCUGGCUGCAAUUUCUCAGAAUUGGCCAUACGCCCUCCUUCCAUAUAUUUCAAUACAAGGGAUAGAACUAAUUAUUUAUCUCUUUUUCAUGACGUCGCUGUCAAUGAUCUUAUAUGUUAUCAAAGUGAAUGCUGCUAUUUGGCUUGUGGUUCCAAUAAUGGUUGUGAUUUUAGCUCUCAAUGCCUACUUUUUCGCUUACUCUUUGGUAGAACUCAGAAAAAUGGAAUUCGACAUUAGGACGAAAAAAAGGGAGAAAGAAAUAGCAGCAAACCAGUUGAAUCGUAACAAAGAACCUCCAAGAAAGUCCCUCAGAGCAAUACGACAGGAAAAACUUAGGGCAACAGCCCAACUGUGAUUUUUCUCAACCCAAAUGGUACUGGUGAUACGAAAUAAAAUUUUACAUGAGUUCAA